AUGCAGAAGACAACAUACUACGACAACUCCUCGACGCUUUUCGGUGGCUACUCGUCGUACCAGGUGCAGGGGGCGGCAGCGGCGGCAGCGGCAGCAGCCGCCAACGGCUUUGGGGGCUACGAUGCCCCGGUCCCAGUGUCCCACCACCAGCCGGCCUUCCAGUCGGCGACCCAUCUGGAUGUGGAUUCGUACCAGCGCUCUGCCUGCUCGUUACAGUCGCUGGGCAGUAACAGUGGCCACCAGCAGCAGCAGCAGCUAGCCAAGACCAAGGAGCUGAAUGGCAGCUGCAUGCGGCCCAGCCUGCCACCUGAGCACCACCCCGGCUCCCAGGUGUCCCCCCCACUGCCCCCCAACCCCAGCAGCGGUAGUACAGGGGCUCAGCAGCCAGGGGGCAGUAAUGGGGCCUCCUCAGCCUCUAAAUCAGCCCCCAAUAAGUCAUCUAAUUCCUCCUCCUCCACAUCAUCCUCCUCCUCCUCACUGCCCCCCAACCCGACCUUGGCCAAGCAGAUCUUCCCCUGGAUGAAAGAGUGUCGUCAGACGACCAAGCAGAAAAACUGUUCACCGAGCAACAACUCUGGCAACGCCUCAGGAGGAGCUGAGAGCGGGAGCAGCGGGGAGAAGAGUCCUACCAGUGGGUCGUCGGCGUCGUCUAAGCGGGCUCGUACGGCGUACACCAGCGCCCAGCUGGUGGAGCUGGAGAAAGAGUUCCACUUCAACCGGUACCUGUGCCGGCCACGGCGUGUGGAGAUGGCCAACCUGCUCAACUUGUCUGAACGCCAGAUCAAGAUCUGGUUCCAGAAUCGGCGUAUGAAGUACAAGAAGGACCAGAAGUCCAAGGGCCUGAGCUCCAGCUCUGGAGGGCCCUCACCCACCGGCUCCCCGCCCCUGCCCAUGCAGUCUUCAGCCAGCUUCCUCAACUCAAUACACUCCAUGGGAGGGGGAGGCGGGGGAGGAGGGGCCGGGUACGAUGCCCCAUCUCCACCAUCUUUUGGAAAGCCCCACCAGGGAGUGUCUUACUCCAUGUCCACUGCCUAUUCCAAUGUCCCCAUGAAGGGCUGCCCCUCCCAGCAGAAGUAUGGCGCCCCAGAUCCGGACUAUGGUGACCCCCAUCCCCACCACGGUCUCGUACAGGCCAACAGCGCUGGCUACGGGACUCCCACCAACAUGCAGGCCAGUCCAGUCUACGUGGGGGGUGGCAGCUACGUGGAACCCAUGCCAGGCUCGGGGCCCUCCAUUUACGGGCUAAACCACCUUGGCCCCACGCCACCCCACCACCAAACUAUGGACUACAAUGGCGCAGGGCCCAUGUCGGCCGCCAACCAGCACCAUGUGGGUGGAGGGGGCCCCCCAGGUACCUGUGACCCGCCCACACACCCGACGUACACUGAGCUGUCAGCGCACCACACCUCGACUCAGGGCAGAAUCCAGGAAGCACCCAAGCUCACUCACCUGUAGCAGGUUUGGAACAAAAUGACAACGUAGAACAUAGUGAAGACGACACAGAACAAGUAACAUGACGCGACUCACUAACAGACUAGCUAAGAUGUGUGGACUCCACCGCUACUGCUGCAA